CCAGGCAAAGAUUUGCAACAGGAAUUAGCAGUCUUCCUUCCUCCGUUACUUUGCUAUUCUGUUUUGCCACCCCCACAGGCAAACAUUGCACAUUCGGAGUAGACCGGGAUUGAAUGGACAUUGGAGCCACGGCCACAAGCUCCUCGUACUCUCCUCAGCAGACUGGAAUAACGAAAGAGUGCAAUAGGUACUACUUUGUACAGAAGGAUGACUCCUGCGCUGGCAUUGCCAUUAAGUACAGUAUUUCCGUCACAGACUUCUAUAACUGGAAUCCGGCUGUAGGUUUGUCUUGCGGAACACUACUAGCUGGUUAUUAUGUUUGUGUUGGUAUCUCUGGCACAUCCACAACGACCGAGAAAUCCACCACUACCACUGCUGCAGCAACAUCAGCUGGUCCUUCUCCAACCCAGGCUGGUAUAACCGCCGACUGUGAGACCUACUAUCAGGCAGUGUCCGGCGACAGCUGCUGGUCUAUUGUCAACGAAAAAUAUACCUACCUGACUUCGGAUGAAUUCUACACCUGGAAUCCAGCUGUUGGAUCAUCGUGCGCCAAUCUGCAGGGAGGAUAUUACUACUGCGUUGCUACUAAGACAGUUCAUCCCAUGCCUAACACUACCAGCACCUGCAAGACAUGGCAUCUAGUCGCCAGUGGCGACAGUUGCUGGUCAAUUGAGCAGCAGUAUUCCAUUACUGCCACUCAAUUCGGAACCUGGAAUCCUUAUGUGGGCUCUUCUUGCGCGUCUCUCUGGCUGGGUUACUAUGUAUGUGUUGGUAUUUGAGGGGCAAAGUACAGGGAAUGAAAAAAGAGCUACCGGGCCACCACGGAGCGGAUUUGAGCUCAACAACUCUUCAUAUGCGUAAAAUGAUACAUGAUGUUAAUUCUCUCGUAUUGACUU